AUGGCCACCAUUGGGUUCGAGAGUCAUUGCGGGCGGUUUGAUAUCUACAUCACAUGUCGCAGGUUGAAAUCGGGAUCGAUUCGACACUUUUGGAUGUUCGCGGUGAUGCCUAUGUAUGGACAUCGGGGGUAUACAGUUUACUCGGUCCUCACCCGGGAUUUGGACGAUUCCCUCGACCGUGAAAUUCCACCGAGGAUAGACAGGGGGCAGUUGCUCGAUGAUACCGAUCUUGUGCUCUCCAAGGAUGUCCUCUUGGAAAAGAUUCACGCCUCGCAUCCCUUUUUUAAGCUCAUCCGGCAAUGUCACCACGAAAAUAGGUCUUUCAUCAUGAAUAUCCUAACUCAAUUACGCGAGUCCAGCAACAUUCCCUAUAAGGUCCUGAUAAAAUGGUAUUCCGAUUGGUAUCGACAACUCGCCCCUCCAUCUGCAGGUCCCUCUGCAGCAGGUUCUUCCCGGGCACGUCCCUCUAUCGCCAAUCUCGAUGCUGCAGUUUCUGCAGCAGGUCUUUCUCGCGCAUCUGCCCGUACGGCAGGCCCCGCUACCGCUGACCCUCAGGCGGCGGCUUCAUCAUGGGGGAAUUCUGAAGGAUUUAUUUCUAGACGAGGUCCCCCUUCAGCAAGUGCUUCUGCGACUAAACCAUCCACGACAUAUGCCUCCCACAAUGCACCUGACGAAGAUCCACCAUUGGAAAUCAAUCUAUCCAACAUCGAUGUUUCAGCAGAAGUGCUUGCCUUAGCAGGCCUGACACCGGCCGAUCGACCUUGGCUACGUCGCAUGCGGGCGAAAUACGCCACGAUAGGUGUCACGUCCGAAAACAUAUGGGUAUCGGACUCAUCGUUCCGAUUAACUGGGAUUUCUCACCCGGAAGGAGCAACACCAACGACAAAGUUGUCUGAAACAGAUCCACCUGUCUCGAGGAAUUUUCGAGAUAAACUAAGUGCACUCGGUAUCCCGGCAGACGCUGUAUCGAUCAUGCAAUCAGACUCAACACCUGUAAUACCCCUGUUACCAGCAGAUACAUCGGUGGUAGGUAGUUCAGAGUCGUUUGACCCUAUAUUUGACGCCGUCCGUGCAAAAAUGUCCGAAUUGAAGAUGCCUACAGACAGAUUUUCAUUAUCAGAAGUGGUAACAACUGGAAUCCCUCGUCCAUCGUUCUUUGUAAGGCGGUCGCCACGCCCUAUGCAUGACUCAGCUUCCGAUUCAUCUUCGUACUACACAGCAUCGCCGAGGUCCUCGUCGGCUUCUACGGAGUCCCCAUCUGCAGCAUAUCCCGGGUCUGCAGGUCCAUCGUCUUUCAAUCCAUCCCGACCAUCAACCCCUAGACGCGAAUCAGCAUCCAUUUCAUUUUCAUCAGCGGCAGCAAACCCUUGGCUCAAAGGCUCCCAACGACCAUAUUCACCAGUAGCAGCUAUCAAGGCAGCAGGAGCACUAGGAAAGGUUCUAUAUGUCCCCAACGGACAAACAGGGGCAAGCGUGUCCGCGGCAUAUGCCAGAGAAGUCUUGUCGCCAGCAGCAGACUGGGCACCACAACCCGGUCGAGGAUCGAGCACAGGCCGGGGAUUAAAAGGGGGCUGUAAAUCAAAAAGAGGCCAGGGAUCGAAAAAUGCUCGGGGAUUCGAAGCAGGCCCACCACAAGACUCACCUAUUGCUGCACUGUCUACGGCAGCAGGCUGCUAA